AUUACUCUUUGCAGUUUGCACUGCAAGCUUUCAUCUUUUUUUUUUUCUGUCUCUGCUUAUUGAAUUCAGUGUGAUUUGGGAGAACGUAGUUUUUUGAAUAGCGAGAGAGAGAGAGACUCUCCUUUCUGCAUCCAAACCAAUCACUGAUGUCAGAUUAAUUGGUAGGUCCAUAAAGAGGAUAUAUUUCAGUGAUCAUCUAUCUGCUUUGUACAGCUAAGAAAUCAUAAAGGGGGUCAAGUUGGUUAGGUACUAGAGAGAUAUAUCCUAAGAGUAGUGAAAAAUAAUCAUAAUCAUGGGAUCUUUCAAGGGUCAUGCGUUGCCAGGGACAUUGUUUUUUGUAGUUGGGAUAUGGCAUAUAUGGGGUUCUGUGGUGAGAUAUGUUUGUAAUCAUAAGACAUUUCGAGUUCGGGUCUGGCAUCCUGUACCUGGUUUUGAUGGGAGGCUCAAGCACUUGGAGCUCUAUGUUAUUGCAAUCGGUGCUCUCAUUGACUUGUGCAUCGAGCUCUUAUAUUCCACUCACCUCAAGUUUUUUGUUGAUGGAGUCCUUAACCCCUCUCACAUGAAUGACUUUGAGCACUCAGGAAUGCUUCUUAUGUUUUUUAUCUUCGGUGUUGUUGUCCUACUUACAGAAAACACCAGAUUUCUUCCCUUGCCAGAAGGUGCUCUUUGUUUGAUUGCUGCCACAGCAUUCUGUGCGGAGUAUCUUCUGUUCUACUUUCAUUCAACAUCACAUAAGGGCCUUGAGGGCUAUUACCACACCCUCCUUGUCUUCCUGAUAGGGCUGUGUAUUUUAUCUUCAAUUGGUGGAGCCCUUUUGCCAACCAGCUUCCCAGUGGAUUUAUGUAAUGGCAUUGCCAUGGCACUGCAAGGAAUCUGGUUCUAUCAGACAGCCUUUGUUCUUUAUGGUCCCAUGCUACCAGAUGGUUGUAAGCUUAGGGAUAAUAGUAUCGUGUGUCAUUCAAUUGAGAGUGAGAUUCGGGGUGAAUUGCUUGCUAACUUUCAGCUCUUUCUUGCUGUCCUUGCUGUCCUCGUGGGAACUGUAGCAUCCUAUGGCUUUGCAGCUUCAAGAUAUGGGAAUUCUCAAGUUAAGAGCUUGCAAACAAUGCAGGUUGGAUUAGAUCAAGACUGAAGUAGUAUAUGCUAUUUUGGUGUCAUUCUUUUGAAACUGGGAAUAUGUUGGCAGCAUAGUUUCUUAAUUCUUAUAGAACAUGUCUGUAUAUUAAAGUGACAAUGUUCUUGCUUAUGAUCACUGAAAAUUGAAAAAGUAACCCACGCCCCCUGAAAGGAAUAGGAUGUAAAAGAAAUAAGGAUAUUGUUCUUCUCUCUGGCAUAUGAUUGCAAAAUGAAAUAGAUUUUUGUU